CAGACUCCUUCUGAGCAGGUCUACCAUCCAUUACGACGAACAGACAAUCGCAGAACAAUCCACAGGCUUUACCAGGACGGUCCAACCCGGCGGACAUUUAGUGACUACGCAUCCUCUCGCACAGCGCCUGGUAGCAUGAAUCGUCGCUCAUCCGCCCCAGUGAGCACUCGAUCGGAAUUCGAAAAGGCCUGGAGGAACGACCUCCCCGAUACGCAGCCUUCGCAGCCAAUAGAGGCUCUCGCGACCACGACAGAUAUUCCUCUUUCUCGCCGUGAUCGUAGGAACAGCAGUACUCCGUACGAAAGACAAUCUGGCGAAGCUGCGUCGGGCUUACACAUGUUAGAAACAAACUGCCUGGUGCUUCCACUCCGCCUGUCUCCUACGACAACUGGCCCCUCUCAAGGCCACAAGCGGAGCGUAUCUCAUACUCCGCAACCCGUUCAUUCGAGUCCAACCCAGACACGCCGGUGGCAAUCGGACGUGACUGGCUCGUCGCGGGUGUCUCGCACCUCGGGCUCACGACGUGAGAGAAUCCGGUCCAUCGUUCGACAGUUCGGACGACCUAGCUGGUCCGCAACAACCCCAUCUUGCCCCGCUCGUAGUCGCACGGAGCGACGGGUCUAUGCGAGGAACAUAGGGACGAGUAACGACUUGAUCACAGCCGAUAAUUCAACUGCACCGUUAUUGGUUGAAUUGUCUCAGACCGGAUCUCGAGCUGACAUUGCGCAUCUUCUCGAGAAGGGUCAUGAUAUUGAAGUUCGUCACAUGUCCACUCGCCGAACGGCAUUACUUGUCGCAUCUCAGAACGCAAACGCAGAAGUGGUAGAACUGUUGCUUCAAAGGAACGCGCGAGUGGAUGCCACCGAUAAAUCCGGAUCGACGGCUUUGCAUCUAGCAGCUUCCCGCGGCCACUGUAACGUUUUGGAGCUGCUUCUACCUGAAUUUUUAGAUAUCGACGUGCGAAACUCUAACGGCCAAACAGCCCUCUGGCUGGCAGCGUAUUAUGGCCACGUUGAUGCGGCGCGCCUGCUGAUCGCAUGCCAUGCUAAGCUCAAUGCGCGUGCAGACAGCCAGACUACUGCGCUGCAUGCUGCCGCAAAACAAGGUGAUGCAGCGAUCAUUCAACUUCUGGUUUCAGCAGGUGCAGACGUGGAAGCGAAGGACGGAAUGAUGAUGACGGCACUGCAUUAUGCUUGCGAGGCUGGUCAUCUCAGGGUUAUUGAGAUACUCCUUGAUAGCAAAGCGAAUAUCGAUGCGGCUGGAAACGAUCGCAGAACACCUCUCAUCUGCGCAGCCGCUACGGGCCAACUGUUUGCAGUCCGAUUGCUGUUGAAGCGGAAGGCCUCGGUUCGAUGCGUCGAUGAUGCUUCAAUGACGGCCUUGCACUGGGCCGCUUUCAACGGGCAUACCGAGGUUGUGAAUGCAUUGGGCGUAAAGAAGACUGUAUUGGCUAAAACAAACAUCGCUGGUCGUACGGUUCUCCAUCUAGCAGCGAUGAACGGACAAUUCGCAGUUGUUGAGCACCUCAUUCGCAAGAACUUGCCUCUAGAAGCUCGCUGCCACACCGGCUUCACGCCACUUCACUACGCAUGUAUAGCAAACAGCUUGGAUGUCGCCAGAUUGCUGCUUAUAUCGGGCGCCGAUAUAGAAGCUUGCGUUAGCCCCGACCUACGGAGACCUGUCCACAUAGCGGCUGCUGAUGGAUCUAUGGGCCUACUCAAUCUGCUUUGUGACAAGGGGGCUUCUCUGAAAGCUCGCGACUCUGUGGGAGAUCGCGCGCUCUGCGUGGCAUGUCGGUACGGUCAUGCCGCUGCCGUGCAGAACUUCCUAGAUCGAGGGUCACCCAUCUACCUACCACAUGAAGAUUUGUCCGAGGAAGAUUCCCCGUUGUGUUUAGCAGCGAUGGGAGGGCAUCUUCCUGUGGUCACUCUAUUGCUUCAACGGGGUGCAUUGGCCGCCAAGCGCGAUGAAAGGGGCUGGCCGCCCUACCGACAUGCCGCUUACUACGGACACCCUGACGUAUUGCGGUUACUCCUCUCUUGCGAUCUCGCAUCAGCAAAGGAGGAUGCUGAUUUAGGACUUACGGUGGACCGACUUGGCUUUGCCCCUUCGGCAAACAUCUCGGACGAGCGAAAGCUGGAGGUGCAGAACCUGUUGUAUCGGAUACACCAGUCGACUUCGUCGAGGUUUGACGUCGUACCUUCUUGGACUUGUUCUUUUCCAGCGGAGAAACACGAUCAAGGUUUGCAUCGACCAGCGCCGGUCUUCUGGUCCGACGCUCCAAUGGAGACCCAUGCCGCUCCAAAAACAACCAUAAUCCCUCAGGAACUACCCGGGACUUUAGAACAAGGGCUACCCACAAGCAGAUCCCACACCCCGGAACAUAUG